AUGAUGGACGGCGGUGUCAGCUCAGCAGCAGCCAAUAUACGCCAGCGAGAUCAGCUAACCACCCGAAGGACGACGUUGUUGGCGCAGCUAGACCGUGCGGAGCGGUUUAUCGUCCAAUAUGAAGCCGGACGGGAUGAGCUCGAGGUACCGCUACGGAUGGAAAACCUGGACGUACUGUGGGCAUCGCUCGAGGAAGUCCAAGUAGCCCUGGAGGACCUAGAAACGACCAGUGAGGGUAAGACCGCCAAUCUUGAAACUCGUGCUUUGUUUGAGCCAAAGCUUUUCCGAAUUAAAGCCAAUCUUAAAGCCAAACUGCCUCCGCCAAUUCUUCCACAAGCCAAUCGCCCUGAUCCCCCCUCUCGCGUACCAUCCACCUUGUCUAGUUUGAAGUUGCCUACCAUUUCGCUCCCGGAAUUUGAUGGUGAUUACCGUCAGUGGUUAACGUUUCACGACACGUUCCAAGCCCUCAUUCACGACAACGACGAGUUGCCCGUGAUCCAAAAAUUCCACUAUUUGCGCGCUGCAUUGAAAGGUGAAGCCGCUCAACUGAUCGAGUCAAUUGCGAUCAGUGCGGCAAAUUAUCCUCUGGCAUGGGACUCAUUGAUUAGCCGGUAUUCCAACGAAUAUUUGUUAAAAAAGCGACACCUGCAGGACCUGAUGGACGUACCGCGGAUGAAGAAGGAGACUGCGGUCGCGCUACAUUCCACCUUGGAUGAGUUUCAGCGACACGUCAAGAUCCUCAAGCAACUGGGCGAGCCAACGGAUGCGUGGAGUACACUGUUGGAACAUCUCCUGUGUUCAAAACUUCACGAUGAAACCAUCAAGGCGUGGGAGGACCAUGCAGCGACUGUCGACGACCAGAGCUACUCCUGUUUGGUCGAGUUUUUGGAGAAACGAGUUCGUGUGCUGGAAUCGAUUUCGGCCAACCAUCAUGGUAAUCAACCAGCACCUGCUUCUCAGCCGAGCGGAUCCCAUUUCCGCAAACCCUUCAUCAAGAUGUCGUCCCAUUCUGUGACCGAAAGUUCGUUUCCUAAAUGCCAUGCCUGUGACAACCGUCAUGCUCUAGUGAGAUGUCCUCGAUUCAUGGCAAUGGCUGUUGCCGAGAAGCUGCGUCUCGUGAAUUCCAAGCGUCUUUGUGUGAACUGCUUCCGCCAAGAUCACUUCGCCCGUGAUUGCUCUUCGAACUACACAUGCCGAGUGUGUAGAAAACGCCACCAUUCUCUGCUACAUUUGGGUUUCGCCAGCGGUUCCAAUCAACCCAAUCAAGAUUCCCCUUCCAACGUACCCAGCGCUAGCACCAGUUCCACGCUACCUUCCAAUAGCUCCCAGAACAACGACCAACGCCGAGUCCAGUCCGCUUCGGCAAUCGCUCAACCAUCCGAUGUUCAGAGUAGUAACGUUGCUCGUGAUACUGUUCCCACCGUGUUUAUGCUGACUGUUGUCCUCAAGAUCGUAGACGCGUAUGGAAAGGAGCACUACGCUCGCGCUCUGCUCGACGGUGGUUCCCAACCAAAUUUGAUGACGGAUCGAAUGGCACAGCUGCUCCGGUUGAAACGGCAGAAGUUCAACGUACAGGUACAAGGAAUAGGAGAGAAACCAGAAUACGCUAAUGAGUCUGUAUCCACCGAAAUUCGUUCGCGAAAGGGAGAGUUUGCACGGAACGUCACGUUUUUGAUCCUACGCAAGCUGACUUCCAGUCUUCCCAGUUGUUCCGUGCCUGUGUACCAUUGGAAACUUCCCAAAGACCUCUUCCUGGCCGAUCCGGAGUUCAACCGUUCCAGUGAUGUGGAUUUGAUCUUGGGAUCGCAGCAUUUCUUCGAUUGCUUCCCUACUGCGGCAAGAAUUCAGCUGUCGGACAGUCUUCCGAUACUUGUUGACAGCGAAUUUGGGUGGAUCGUCGCAGGCGGUGCUCACCUUGUCCCACCGUCAAUGGAUUCCGUAUGCUGCAAAACUGUUACGGUUUCCGUGGACCCCCUCGAGAAAUGUAUGGAAAAAUUUUGGAGCGUUGAGGAGCUGCCCAUGAGGUCUGCCUUUUCCGUGGAGGAGAAGGCAUGUGAGGACUACUACGUGUCAACAGUUUCGCGAACCCAAGAAGGACGAUAUGUGGUGCGCUACCCAAAGCGCGAAAACUUCAGCACCAUGAUCGGCGAAUCCAAAUCCACGGCUCUCCGGCGAUUUUCCAUGCUGGAGGGACGCUUUUCCAAAAAUCCAGGAUUGCAGGAAAGCUACGAAAGUUUCAUGGCGGAGUACUUAUCCAUGGGACACAUGCGCCAAGUCCAGGAAGGGAACAACGAUGUGCUGGCUUAUUACCUGCCUCACCAUCCUGUUAUAAAAGAAGCAAGCACAACCACAAAAACACGUGUCGUUUUCGAUGGCUCCAGCAAAACUUCCACCGGCCAUUCUUUAAACGAAGCACUGUGUGUGGGUCCGGUUGUACAGGACGAUCUGCUGACUUUGGUGAUCCGCUUCCGAAAAUUUCCAGUGGCUGUUGUAGCGGACAUCGCCAAAAUGUACCGCCAGGUGCUAAUCCACCCCGAAGAUGCACCACUCCAAAGAAUUGUCUGGGGAUCCAACCCUUCGCAACCUCCAGCUACUUUUGAGCUGCAGACGGUCACCUAUGGCCUCGCUCCGUCAUCAUACCUGGCCACCCGCACACUGCAGCAGCUUGCAGAAGACGAAGGUCAUGCUUAUCCUCUCGGCAAGCCGGCCCUCACAAAAUCCUUCUAUGUCGAUGACUUCAUAGGAGGAGCCAAUUCCAUUUCUGAAGCCAUCCAAUUGCGUGUGGAGCUGACAGAUCUUCUUGCGAAAGGUGGAUUUCCGAUCCGUAAAUGGACGUCCAACAAACUAGAGGUACUGCAAGGUCUGGAUGCUGACUCCAUUGGCACGCAGUCUAGCGUGCGAUUCGACCCGGAUGAAACCGUGAAGACAUUGGGUAUUUGCUGGGAACCUGAGCGAGACCAAUUCCGGUUCAACUACCACGUGAGCCAAACCAUCCUGAGAGCAACGAAGAGAUCCAUCCUAUCCGCCAUUUCUCAGCUAUUUGACCCGUUAGGGUUGGUUGCGCCGAUUGUUGUACGGGGAAAAAUGCUGAUGCAGGAGUUGUGGCUAAUAGCCUGCUCCUGGGACGACGAAGUCCCUGACAUCGUGAAGCAGAAAUGGGAGACCUUCUACCAUCAACUUUCGAAACUGUCAGAAUUUCGAAUUCAGCGCUACGCAUUCCAAGCUAACUCCGUGGUACAACUCCACACGUUCGCGGAUGCAUCGGAAGCUGCUUACGGAGCUUGUAUCUAUGCACGCUCUGUAGACCCCGAAGGACGAGUUACAAUCCAGCUUUUGGCCGCGAAAACUCGCGUGGCGCCCCUCAAAAGGUUGUCUCUACCCAGGCUCGAACUGUGUGCAGCAGUUGUCGCCGCUCAACUACAUGGACGAGUCAACGAAGCGUUGGACAUGAAUAUUGCUAGCUCAUUCUUCUGGUCCGAUUCCACAGUGACGCUCCAGUGGCUGAAAUCCCCUCCAAACACGUGGAAGACCUUCGUAGCAAACAGAGUGUCCGAGAUUCAGACAACCACCCACGGUGCUCGAUGGAACCAUGUGGCAGGAUCGCAGAACCCCGUGGAAUGA